AUGAGGCAGGAACAGUUAAUUCCACCUCAGCUACCGCACAUAGUCUACAUCAUCCGACAUUCAAUGAUCCUCGUGACUGUGACCAUUGCCCUGAUCUUGCUCAAUGUCCGAUUCUGUAGCUGUUGUAAGUCGACAAGUUCUGACAAUUCCCUGCCCAUUUGUAGUUGGAUUUUUGCUAGCUGCUAAGCGACAUACCAACAUCGACCUUGCUUACGAAGUGCCAGCAUCCUCCCGGGUAUGUAAAAUGUCGAAAUUUGCUUUAUUAAGAACUGUAAAUUCGAAAUAUUACUGUGGCUUUCUCCGUACAGUUCAAGUCAUCCGAAUCAGGAUUUGUGCACCGAACAGGAGGACAUCCCUGCGAACCUCCGACUAAAUGUGUAGAAUUCUAUCCAAGUGAGUUGUUGAGUCUUUUACAAUUUGUCACUUCAAAUUCGCAAACACAAACACACCCACGAAACAAAGGACAUUAAAUGCGGGUUUUUUUCGAAUCGAUGGUCAGAUCACUUAUGGUAGUCUGCAUAUAGUGAUAUCAAAUAUUAAAGAUAGCUAAUUCGUGAAUUCUUUUUUUUCGGAAAAACGGAAGAAGUUUUCUGAACAAAGAUUGAACUUACCAAAAUUACUCUGUGGUUAUUCUCACACCCGAAAAUCCCGAAAAGGCAAAAAUUGCGAUCGUCGUAGUGAACGUAGGGGAAUUCGUCCCAGGUAUAUAUUCAAAAUGCCCCACUUUAUAUAAAGUCGUGAUAUCUGAUAAUCGUUAAUGAAACCAACCAGCAAGAAAAUCUUCCUCAAAUAUAUGUCAUUUCAAUUUCACAACUCAGAUUUUUCUUAUGUUAUCAGAGAUCCCUGAUGUCCAUUACGUAAAACCCAUUGUCUCACACCCGGCCUAUUCGAGACCAGUUGCUGUUGUCAUGGAUGAAAAUAUAAAGGUACCAAAAGACCACGCUCAUUUCAUUUAUACUGUAAUCCUUCUGUAAAUUUACAUUUACAUUUACAAUCAAAAUCCCGAUUGAGAUGCGAAAUUUUAAAUGAACCAAAUUCCCCAUUUCAAGGGGAUCAGGCUGCUGGGAAAUAUCAGCAGAUAUGGAUCGUCAUCAGGCAGGAAGGGACUGAAAAUAAUUAUUCCCAAAUGGUAAGUUGCUCUUCACGUUACUAUACUCAAGAUCUGGCGGAGAUGUUGUAUGCGCGCGUUUCGAAUUUGGUUUCAAAUGUUCGCUCUCCGAGGAAUUUAGUUACUUCGAGAUUUGGACUUACUGUACGCUCUUAGAGCUUGCCGGAAUUUAGACUUGAAUUCGACUCAUCAAUAUCUUCCACCCAACUAGUCUCCUGCAGCACAUUCCCAGAACUCCGAUUUCGGCCUUCCUCGUUUCUCAUACUUGCAAGCCCAGAAAGUCGGAUUAUCUGAAGAACAAUUUAUCCAAAGUUUCUACAAAGGCUGAGUCGCUUUUCUACUAUUAGACAUUGUUUCAUAAUCGCCUCAAAGUAUUUGUCUAAAUUUUUGCUCUCGGAAGCUUCUCGACCAUACCUUCCCAUUCAGCUAAUGAAGUUACUAUCUACCGAAAGAUCGUCAUAAAGGCCUUUCCUUCAUACUUAAGUCUACGCUCUUUGUGUAUAUAGAAAAGUUAUCCAGAAUGUUGGAGUCUGCACUAGUGUUCCAAAGUAACGCGCACUUGGGAUUUGAACCGGGGACCUCAGAACUUAGGGCUCGCUCCGCUAACCCCUACACCACCGACGCACGCCUAGACAGCCCAGUAAAAAGCUUUGUUAAUUUGUCACCGCAGGAUCUGGUAUGAUAUUCAUGUAAUGAUUGUCAGACGAUAACCUACAAGAUGCAUCAACUAGAGGAAGAAGUAAGGAAUCUGAAGGAACUUAUACACAAGACUGUUCCUUCAGAGGACCGCCCGGUGUUAUCUACGCAGAGGCUAACUCGGAGUAGAGCGAGAGCCAUCCAGCGUAAGGAAUCCCCAGAAAGCAAUUAUGGGGUGAAUAAGACAACUACUAUUAGUAGUCAAGUCGUGGCUUCCGAUGAAAAAAAAGAAUAAGAGGAAGAAGACGACACUUAACACCACAGGGAAAAGUCGCCAGAAUAAGAAGGAGAGUAUAUUAGCCUUACCCGAAAAGCGGUUGGAAAAUGAAACGAAUGUAAAUGUGCCAACGGAAGAAGUGGAAGUAAUGGGGCAGAUGACGCCCAAUCUUAAUAAUUCCCAGACAGUGUUCUCAUUUCCUGAGCCUAACUUAGAGGGAUCAUCAGUUAGCGCAAAGACAUAUGGCUAUGGACCCAGGGUGGAAUUAGCUGCCACCGCGAAUUCCCAUGUCAACAGAGUUAAGAACCGAGCUGAGGAAGCCUCUAAUUCAUGGGGGUCAAGCUCUCCACAGAGCCCUCUGAUGGGAGGUAUUGUUGAUAGAUCCCAGUGUGCAACUAUUCACGAUGCCUUAACAGGAUCCGCGGACGAACUUCACGGGGACAUAUAUACCAAUAUGACAGCCCCUUCCUCUUCUCCAGUCCACUUCGACGAGGCAAUAGGGCCAGCCAACGACGUCCAAAUCGCAGAAAACAGAGGAAUGCUUAACAAGGACCAAUGUGUCAUAAUUCAGGGCCUCGCAGAGUCCUCCGCCAGUUCCCCCAGGGAACGAAUCGCUGCUGACUUAGAGCAAUUCCAGAAACUCCUCAAUGAAAUGCUGCAACCAACAUAA